AUGAUUGGGGCCUGCUUGUGGCUCCUCGCGGCCCUCACGCCCAUCAACGCUCUCACUCUUUACACACCCACCAGCACGGUAACGACCAUCACCAUCACGCCGACCCAGGCGGCCACGGCAAACCCCCCUGUAUGGACCGGCCAUGCUGCCUACGACCCGACCGUCCUCACUCCCCCAGCACCCCCCUCCCCUCCCGUUACGCACGUUGACGUACCCAUCCCCGCCGACCCAGUUGGUGCAGGCUUCCAACUGUCCAUCCCGCAGCACGGAAACUUUCUCGGAUUCUCCAUCGAGCUGUCGGUCGCCACGGCCGUCCUGGGCAAAAAUGCGGGCAAGCUCGAGCCUGCCUUCUUGAAUUACCUCGUCAACAUCAAGAACCGCGCCCGCGCCGGCCCCAUCAUCCGUGUCGGCGGCAACACGCAGGACUCGAGUAGUCUCUCGCUCACUCCGUUUGCCGAUGGCCUGGCCGUCGAGAAAAUCAAGCAGGGGCCAACGGUCACCUCCACGCCUAUUAUCAACUACUCGGAGGACCUCCUUUAUCUCAUGGCUAAUAUCACCUCGCUUGUCGGUACCGACUGGUUCCUUGGCCUGCCAUUCAACUCGACGAGUAUUAGCACCCACGACGCCGCGCUCGUCGCCAAGACGGCCUUAUCGGUUCUUGGCCCAAAGCUGCGUGCCCUGUCCCUCGGUAACGAGCCUGACCUCUAUGCUGGACAUGAAGAACGAAGCUCGGAUUAUACCCUCCAGUCCUAUCUUGGCGAGUUUACGCAAGUGAAGACAGAUGUCCUCAGUUCCAUCUCGAAUCAAGCUCUACUGGCCGGACCUUCGAUCUGCUGUUCGGUUCAAGGCUUUGACAUUGGCGACAUUCUCAGCGCGGGAUGGCUGAUCAGCAAUGCUCCCUCCCUGUCCUACGUCACGGUCCAGCGCUACCCGUACAACAAUUGUGGUGUCAAUGGCAAGGUUGUCGACCCCCAAGCCAUCUUCCAGAGCUAUCUGUCCCAUACCGGUCCUCAAAGCCUGACGUCGCUCUACCUCGACGCUUCCACCGCCGCCCAGGCACUCGGCAAGCCCAUCGUUAUGCAGGAGAUGAACACGGCCAGUUGUGGUGGUUUCCCCGGUGUCAGUGACAGUUUCGGCGCCGCGCUGUGGAUGGCAGACUGGUCGCUCCAGCUUGCGUGGGCAAACUUUUCCGCCGCCCUCAUGCACGUCGGUGGUCAAAACGUCUACUACAAUGUGAGUGGGGGGGAGGAGGGUCAUGGGGUGGCCAGGUGGUGGCAGUCGACGGUGGCGGUGACGAUCGCCGACCUGCUGACACCCCUCAGCCCUUCACCCCCCCCCGCCUCCUCCAAGACUGGUAACGGCUGGACCACUGGCUCUGUCUACUACUCUACCCUCGUCGUCGCCGAGGCCCUCGGCUCGGCCAACACUUCCCAGGUCAUCGACCUGUUCGGUUCUUCCAACACCAGCAGCCUCAACCCCGCCUACAUCAUCUACGAAGGCGGUAUCCCUGUCCGCGCUGUGCUGUUCAACUACGUCUCCGACCCCACCGGCGCGUCAGACUACACUGCUGCCAUCCACAUCAACGGUAGCACGAUCGGUGACCACGUCAGUGUGCGCUAUCUCAGGUCUCAGCACAUUUCCGAGCACAACAACAUUACCUGGGCGGGACAGACGCUCGGCCCUGACUUUCAAGGCGACGGCCGACUGUACGGCACUGUCGACACGCAACAAGUCGCGUGCAGCAACGGCGCGUGCAACGUCGUCGUGCCUGCGCCAUCCAUUGCGCUCGUGUUCCUCACCGACACCUCGCUCAACGAGUCGACCCCGAUCCCAGACGCUGUUGCCACAUUCCGAACCUCGAUCAUUGGCCAUGGUUCCGCCACAGUCGACCCCAAGGCUCUCGAAACCAGUAACGGUUCAAAGGGCGGUAUGCUGGGCACCUCUGGAGGCAAGCACAACAAGUCUGGCGCUGGACGCACCCGGGCUGGCCCCGUCGUCGCUGCCCUCGCUGCUAGCCUCCUCCUCUCCACAAUGCUCUAG